AACAUGAUCGCAGAAGAUUGGAUUACAUCAAAAUGUGCGCAAGAGAGAAAUAUUAUGAUCAGAAGAGCGCAAAGUGCACGUAUAAUUAUUACAUGCGCAUAUUGCAUAAUGGGAGUAGCUAUUUUGCUUUUUGUUCUUAUUUUACCUGGCUUUGGAAUAUCAGUGAGAUUGACGACGAACUUUACUAAUUCAGGGAAAAAACUGCCUUUGCAAACGUAUCAUAUUUGCGAUACAACUAAAAGCCCUCAAUAUGAGUUGACAUACAUUACUCAAGCUAUUUACGUCUUUUUCGCAAUUAUUUCUUACACCGGAAUCGACAAUUUUCUCGGGCUGGUGAUAUUUCACAUAUGCGGUCAAUUGGAUAUUCUCAAAAAUCGUUUAGCACGUUUGAAUAAAAAUAUGAAUAUGAAUUUUCACAAAGCGUUAAAGAACUGCGUGGAGCAACAUAUCCGUUUGCUCAGGUUUUUUGACUUUUAA